UCGUAGGUAAUUAUGGUAACAAGCUGGACGAGAAUGUCCCUGCUCAAGCCUCAACGACUCCUCCCUCUAAUCCUGUUUAUGACGGGAAUGCGUAUUAUUAUUUGCCGUGGACCCAGCAGAAGCCCUGUGUGGUCAUCGAUAGCCAGUGGGAGGACGUUUCGUUCAGGAUUGCAACACAGAAUAUUUUGUUACAUAUUGCUGAUAAACUGAAUACUGGCUUGCAAGAAGUCCAGAUUAAGAUGACACAUGAGAAGUAUGACCACAAUGAGUGCAGAGACAUCUUGCUGACUGCUCUACAAGAUGCACUGGAAGACAUCGAGCAUGGAAUUCCUGAUCUUCCUCCUACAGGAUUUACACAGCUUGACAAAUACAGGCACAAGUCCCGCUUAGAAGAACUUGGUUUAAUGCUAGGAGAGGCUAAGCAGUUGUUGACAACCCCCGAGGGGACUCCGGUCGAAAACCUCACACUACAACCUGUCAUGGACUUGGUGGAAGAGUUUCAUUCAAGACUCAAGACACUUGCUGUAGAGCCUCAAAACUGUAUUCCUGAUGUUAUUGUUUGGAUGCUCUCUGGGUACAAGAGGGUCGCCUUUGCAAGGAUACCGUCCAGUCAACUCAUGUAUUUAGAAAA